AUGCUUCAAGCAGUGGUUCAUCGCUUGUGGCUGAUGCGCCUUGAGGUCUUGGAUGCUCCCACAUGGGAGUUGUUUCUGGUAAGUAACAGAGUCCGGUCUCAGGCCGCCACAUUGGACGAGGAACUGGACAAGUACUUUGCCAAGGACAAGCCAAAGGAACCUCCAGAACCUAAAGUUGAGCUUUCCCCAGAGGAGAAGCAGGACCGGAUGGUGGCUGCAAUGCUCCUCCGGAGUGCACGUUCCAAGGUCCCUGAGUGUCAGCAGAAAGUCAUUCACGAGCCCGGCACUUCUGCCAUCUCCAAGAACAUCCCGCUCUCCGAGGUGAACCGCCAUUGCACGCCUGAGAACUGCUGGGUGGCGCUGAAUGGCAAGGAUGCCUCAAAGUUUUUCAACGAGAUCCACAAGGGCGUGAAGAUCGACGCCUACCUGCGGCCCGAGGCAUUCUUGGGUGACCUGGGAGUUGACGAGAACCUGAUGUCCGACGACUUCUGGCACACGCUGCGCGAGGCCCGGAUCGUGGAGAUCCGCCAGGAGGUCGACCGCCUGCUGAGCCAGUGCACCAAAACCCACAAAGCCGACAGCAUCCCGAGGCUCCUCCAGGACAAGAACAUCGACCCGGAGCUGAAGAGGAAGCUCCAGCGCCUCAAGACGCAAGAGCGGGCUGCCUUGGAUGCCGAGGAUUUCCCGAAGGCGGCGGAGGUGAAGCGGGGCAUGGAGGAGCUCCUGUCGCACGAGGACCACGCGCACAAGCACGAUGUACCCAUGGGCUGGACGAGCAGUGACAUCCCCUUGUCGGAGGUGGCCCGGCACAACAAGCCGCACGACUGCUGGAUCGCCAUCUGUGGCGAGGUCUACGACCUGACGGACUUCUUGCAGCACCACCAGGAGCAGCGCAACUCCAUCCUGGCAUGGGCCGGCCGGGAUGCGACGCCCAUGUUCGACAAGAUCCCUGGCCGGUUCCCCAGCAAGCAGUGGAUGGAGUACUACAUGCGCCCGGAGUUCAAGACCGGCAAGGUCGGCCCAGAUAAACCGGUGGACUCCAUCAUCAUGGAGCUGCGGGAGUUGCACGAUGAGUUGCGUCGCCUCGAGGGACCUUCCAAGGAGGAGAUCGAGGCAGUGAAGACGGCCGUCAAGGUGCCGGGCAAGACGGAUGCUCCGACGCUGUCGGAGGAGAGCCGCUUCCCGAAGUUGGCGGAGAUCUCCGCCGGUAAGGACCUGCCUUUCUUCUCCCGUGCAGAGGUGGCCAAGCACAACACCGCGGAGGAGCCGUAUAUGAUCAUCCACAACCGUGUCUACAACCUCAAGCCUCUGCUGGGCAGCCACCCCGGUGGCGACGACAUCCUGAUGUCCAAGGCAGGCACAGAUUGCACCAAGGAUUUCGAGGUCUUCGAGCAUUCUGAGAAGGCUCGAGUGCAGCGAGACCGCGACAUGCUGGUGGGCCAGCUGGUGCCGGCAGAGAACACGGACUGGUCGGAGACGGCUGCAGUGCAGCAGGUGGUCGGCGAGGAGACGUCUGAGAUUGGCCGCUACUUGAAGUACAAGAUCACGGACGUCGCGGUUGCUGCCCUGGCCUGGUACCUUUUCAAGACCUUCCAGAACCGCAAGCCCCUGUCGCAAUUCACCUACAGCCGGGCACUGAGGCAUCUGCACCUCAUCAUGGCCGUUGGCAUCUUUGGGGUUGUGGGCACCGCCCAGGCUGCAUCCUACUCGGAAGGCCAGGCCAAGAAGCAGAUGCUCUGGUGGCACAAGCAGACGGGCAUUGUGAUGCUGGUGGCACUGAUCUUCCGUGUGAUCUUCCGGCUGCAAAGCGGCAUCCCCCCACGCUUCCCGGGCAACAAAAUCGUGCAGAUGAUCGAGACACAAAGCUUGCGGGCUUUCUACGCCUUCGCCCUGCUGCUGCCUGUAUCCGGCAUCGCCAACGAGUACUUCCUGAAGUGGGCACCCGGCUCUGACAAGACCGGCAAUGCGGAGGACGAUCGCAGGAACGACCGCCUGGCCAAGCAGUCCAUCGACGCUCACAAGGUUCUGGGCAAGGUGUUGCAGUACGCCUGGCUACCUUUCCACCUGGGCUACACCACUCUCAACCACUACAGUCAGGGCCGCGGCGUCGUCCGCAAGGUCUCUCCCUUCAUCUAA